CAAGAUACCCCAACGUCAGUCUACGUUUGAUCCAUAUUUAGAUAACCAGCCAAGAGAGUCAAACGCUACAAAAGUACGCAGUUCUCAGUGUUCUAAGUUAGCAAAACUUUCAACAGACUACAAUGAGUUGGCUGUCUGUUAAUGUUUUAUUUGCACUUGCUGUUGGGGCAUUGGCGCAAUGCCCGCUUUACUGGACGCCUCACGAAGAAUCGUGUUACAUUAUUCCGCAGCUCAUGCAAACAUGGACAGCAUCAAUGAGUUUGUGUCAGUUCUAUGGUGGCUAUUUGGCAGAAGUAACAUCGCAGAGUGAAAACAACUUUAUAGUGCAGUUUAUUGAGCAAAGCCACGUUAAGGAGUCGCAACUCUGGAUAGGAGGCAGUGAUAUGCUAGCGGAAGGACACUGGACGUGGACUGACAGAGGAGAUCUGUUACAGUAUCAGCCGUGGGCUUCCAACGAGCCGGACGACCUGGCUGGUCAACACUGCCUGGCUGUCAGCGAACACGGGGAGUGGGAUGACGACACGUGUAGUGCACACAGACACGGAGUGUGCGAGAAAAAGUAAUGUUUUAAAGGCAUACUGUCACGGAUUUAAGGAACUUAUUUGUCUAAAAAUGAAAACCAAAUCUAGCUAU